AUCAACAGGCGACAUGGCGAUGUGAAGCGUUGCUGCCGCAGCUGCAAUAAGGUUACCUAUUUUGGACUUUCCCUUUCCUUUGCUACAACAUUGUUCUUCGGCCCAGCUCAGCCGCUAAUGAAUCCAUUAUUUAGACGGAGACUUCCUCCAUCUGUGAGGAGUCUUCUGACAGACAUCGGUCCAAAGGAGGAGUGGACUGACGCAGAGCCCGACACGGUGACCAGAGAUGGGAUUCUGCUCCCGUCCAGAGGAGUUGGUCCUGGACAAGAGGAGUUUCUCACGCCAGCCAAGGCACAAAAGGAGGAGGCUACAGAGAAUGGGAGUGACGCCAGUGGGAAAGCGGUCUGCAUGUUUUGUAAAAGCAAACCCUCUUGCUACACCUGUCCUCGGUGUAACAUGCGUUACUGUGGCUUGGCUUGCUAUCAGAGCCCAGAUCACUCUGUGUGCUCUGAGGAGUUUUACAAGGAGUCUGUUCAUGAAGAGCUGAAACAUAUGGGUAAAACAGAAAGUGAGGGGAGGAAAAAAAUGCAGGACAUCCUUGUGGAACUCAGACAAAAGGCAGAAAGGACAGAUGGAGGGAUGGAGAGUUUGUUAAAAGAAGCAGGGGUUGUGUCAGAUGACGCAGAUGAAGGGGAAGCAGAGACAACAGACAAAGUGCAGGUUGUGGAGCUCCUGUCCAGGUUAGCAGGGCUCCAGCAGUCUGGAGAAGGGACUGAAACAGAGAUUGAGACUAUUUUGAGAAAACUGGAAAAGAUUGGAGGAGGGGAGCUGCUGCCUGGAGGUCAUGAUGAGGACGCUGAAAGUGCAGAAGAGGAGCUGGACUUGCCUGAUCGACUUUCAGGGAUGGAUGUUGACAAGCUUUCAGAGGAGGAGCUGUGGGAAAUUCUCAACAGCAAAGAGAAAGAGAUGUUUAUGAGUCUGAUGAAGCGUGGAGCGCUUGGCGAGCUGGUUCCGCUGUGGAAACCAUGGUGGGAGGAGCAUGAUGAAGAAAGGAAAGCACUGGUGGAGGAGGUGAGCAAACUGGAGAAAGAAAAUUCAACAACUGUGGAUGAACAGGUUGUUGAUGAUAAAGUCAAGACAUCACAAGAAGUGGUUCACAAACAGAGCAAAACAGCUAAAAAGUCAAGAAAGAUUAAAGGAAGAAACACAAAUGAAACAAACACAGACAAGGAAAGUUCAACAGUUCCCUCUGUGCCUCCAGUAUCUGCAAAAAUUCCAAAGUUAAAUUCUUUAUGUGCAAAUCCAUCUCCCCUUAUAUGCUAUGGUUUAGUCAAUGCACUUUUUAGCUACACCUUCACUCUGUGCCUGUUUAACGGUGACACUGAUUCACUGAUGUUUGAGUUUUGUGACAUGAUUCUUGCUCUGUCAGAGGCACUGAACUCAAGCAGGGUGUUCAGCUCUGUUCAAGAAGCCUUAGACUGUGGAGAAACUCUCAUUUUGGGUGGAGGGUACCUCGACAAGGAGGAUCCUGUAGCCCCAGCCAGGGCAGUGGAAGCUGUGGCUCACAUCAUGACUGGCAGAAACAGGAAAGAUGCCACAGGAUACUGCCUUUCAGCCUUGAGUCAGCUUCGCUCAGUUCUCUCCCAGGCCAGAGCAGCCCUGUCUAAAGAGGGAGAGGAGGGGGCAAAGAGGAAGAAGUACUUCCUCGCAAGUAAGAAGUGUGAAUUCUUUCAGGCCUGGGUGUUGGACAGUGCACACCACAUUCAUAGGCUAGCUGUGGAGUUAUGGAAUGAACACAGUAAAAGAGAGAGUGUAAGGAGCAGCAUGGAGAAAGCAAAGACUGUUGUUGAGGAGAACUUGAAGAAAGGGAAGAGUAAGCUGAUUGAAGAACUUAGCUAAUGAAGUCUUUCUUGAACAUGUUGAUGUUUUGUUCAUGUUGUAAUAAAAGUAUAUGAAAACCUAAAUUAUCUUCUCACUGUAAAAUUCAAGCACCAUAUGGU